AUGUGCUCUCACGGUAUUCAAACGUGCCUCCAAAUUCCCGUUCCUCUAUCGAUGAAAGACCUAGCCCAUGCUCCGCCGGUCUGUCUUCCUACCCGCGGAGAUCACGAAGCUAUUGAGAUACUCGAGAAAUUCGGCAAAGCUCUACUUCGGCCUGAAGACGAACUCACUCAAGCGCAGAACUUAGCAGCCGGCUUUUCAGACAUAGUGGUUAUAUUGGAACGUCCACGUCACAGAAGAAACCACAAAUUCGACGUUAGUUUCGAAGACUUUGUCCAAAGUUGCGGGACUCUGUUAGCAGUCGACGAACUCAUUCGCUUCGCUACCAAAGGUGCCCGAAGCAUACAUACUGUCACCGUACUGGACGCAUUUUCCUAUCGACCUGAUAAAUAUACAACAGACGAAGAUAAAACAUGUCAUGAAGUCCUCGCACAAAUCCUGAAAGUGAAGAAACCAAAAGUCAUAUUAAGAUGCCACCGUGACGCAUAUUGCGACGAAUGGCUGAAGCAAAUCGAGCUGCCGGGAGACAGUUAUCAACUGGAGCGCAAGGAAAUCUCUAUCUUUAACGGUCAUAGCACAGUCGUGCUACAAUCUUUUCAUCCAUCAUGCGCCGUGAAUAAUGCCGACUGCAGACCUGAAUAUAGGGCCUUAUUGAUGUACCACUUUGUGGCUGCAUUUUCCGAACUGACCUCCAAGUUUACUCUUCCGGAAACGGCGGAAGGGAUAAGAAAGCUGUGCCUCAAAAAGGGCGAAAGAAAGCCCGAGGACAUUUGCGAGUACGAACCAUGGCAAGCUGCGAGUCUCAUCUCACGGGUGCUAGAAAGGCCAUAUCAAGGCCUGAUUGAUGUGCAAUUUAUUGAUAUUGCAGACGAGACCCCAUAUGAAAGUCGCAACACACAGGGUCAAGCGUUCAAUGCUUUGUACGGGUCGUUGAAACGGUUGUUUGGGAAUGCCAAUUCCUUUGGGGGUCUUGCUAUCGCAAAAACCGUCUUGUUUCUCUGGAAGCGACAUUUCGAAGAAGAUCCGUUAUAUAACCACGUAAUGUCGUGGCUUAUAUUACGCGGCAAUGAGCAAAAGGAUUGGUUCGCCUGUGAGACUUAUCUAGUAUCCGACGAACGCACUAUAGAAGAGAAAUUAUCGGGACUUCAGUUAUCAACACCAUCUAUCAUACACGACAUCCUGGCAGUCAAAGACGAGCUCUUAAUAUUACUCUGUCAGGCAUCUGCGACUUGUAUAAGAGGCGAAUAUCUUGCGGAUGACUCUCGCGCUCGAAUAAUCGAUGCUUAUGAGAAGCACAAUGAGCUCGCUCGCAGAUAUCUAGGCGAACUGUCGAUGAGUGAUGUCAAUCAUGCAAUGCAUAUAAGGGCUUUGUUGGUUUCUUGCGAGAUGUCUUUAUCAACAGUCACCGACGAGACUUCUAUACCGGGGAAGAAAGUGUACCUCGAUGCCAUGCGCUGCGUCAGAGAAUUGGACGGGUCUAUUGACUCUACUUUGCUAAGACUGUAA